UUGUGCGCACAACAAGCACAUCGACAAGGAGGUAAUCCACAAACAGAUCAUCGCGAUAGAGAUAAAGAAGAAAUACAAGAUAGACAUCCUAAAAAAAUCGAAUCAGACAGGAAUCAAUUUGUUACACAGAGAGCUAAGGAAAGGAUGAAAUUAUCCCAACGCCGACGCCGAAUUAGAGAAUUGGAGCAACGACCAAAAAAGGAGACAUUACCAUCAGUAUCAUCGGCAAGAUCCUUGGGACAAAAAGCACGUUGGCAAAAAGAGAGAGAGAAAAAAAUAUUCAGCAAGGACUUACACUGAACCAAGAUGUGCAAAUGGAGAUUGAGCAAGUACAGAUACAAGGAAGUGCUUCAGCCAGUGAUCAUGGUGAUAGAAAAGAAGAACAUUCAAUGCAAACUCAAAAGCAAGCAACAAAAUGAAAAGGAAAGACGCCGAUACAAUUACAGGAUGGUCAUCGCCCCAAAAAAUUAAAAAUAGUACAACCUCCCGUGCUAUGUGUAGAGUCAACAAAUCCUGACAUUGAGGCCGCGUGCGGCGAUCAGCUGAAUUCACCAGAAGUGGAGAGCAACGUUCAUAUAGGUCCAACCAGUGCACAAUCUUCCACAACAGAAAACGAAAUGUCUGUACCAAUUCCAGACGUAUCAUCUGAUGAGUACACUGAUCAUUACUAUUCUUCAGAUGACAUUCUUGAAGAUGAAAACAACGAUGUACUAACACAAUUCAGUAAUGUACGUACAAACGCUGGAAAUAAACGUAAAUCUGGAAGGAAGGCACGUUCAACUGUUAAUGAGGAUAGAAGAAAUUAUCUUGGAAAAAUGGAUGUUCCAUGUCCAUUUUGUGGUGCAUUGCAUUGGAUUGAUGAGAAAUUGUCUGAUUCAUCGUUUAAGAAUCCUGAAUUAGGGACAUACUGUCACAAAGGAAAAAUUCAAUUACCGCCACUACGUGAACCUCCUCCGGAAAUAAUGGAGUUAUUCGAAGGAAAUGACUAUCGUUCAAGAUUGUUUCGACAAGGUAUCAGAAAUUUCAAUGCUGCUAACGCAUUUACAUGUCUGGGAUGCAAAUAUGACACAAGGGCAGCAAAGGGAAGUGGCCCACCCUGCUUCUCAAUACACGGUGAAUUGCAACAUUACAGUGGAUCGCUGAUGCCAAAACAAAUAGGCGAUGCUAUUUACUCUCAACUAUUUUUAUAUGAUCCAGCUCAUGCAUUGUCCAUACGUGAAAAAAGAAAUAAGGAUCUAGAUAGAGAAAUAUUUAGUAUCAUCCAAGAUACUCUAUUGAAACACAGCAGAUUCAUUCCUUUGUAUCGUCACGCAUACGAUAUCUUGAAAGAUAGGCAGGCUUCAUCUGACAAAACAGUUCAAGUGUCACUGCAUUUUAAUGAGAACUCAGAUCAGCGUCGUUAUAAUUUGCCAGCGGUUGAAGAAGUAUAUGUUAUCGUUCUUGAAAAACCAGGAGAUGUGACAACAACUCGAGAUAUUCUGUUGCAUCUAAAAGAUGGAAACGGCUUAACAAUAAUAGAUGAAUGCAAUCCUGCUUACCUACCUUUACAUUAUGUUUUGUUAUUCCCUUACGGAGAUCUAGGUUGGAGCAUUGAGCUUGCACAAUGGGAUGUGGAUGAAAAAAAUAUACAGAUACACGAAUAUCUCAUAUGCAGUACUUCAGUUACCGGCUCUUCCAACGGAGAUCAGAAUAUUCAACAAUCCUAAGAGGUGGAAAGCUACUCCAGGAAAUUCAUAGUGGAUGCUUGGGCUUCGACAGAACAAAAUCGUUUGGAUCAUAUCAAAUUUCACCAAGGAAAGUUACGCGCGGAUCAUUAUGGUUCCAUAAUAAAAAUGAAAGAAGACGGGAUAACGCCUAAUAAAGGAGGUACACCAUGCGUUUUACUGUCAUCACAUAUUGGAAGUCCGAGGCACAUGUACGAAAUUUACCAAGAUUCGAUGGCAGUUACACGUUUUAACCAUCAUCCUGAUUUUUUUCUGACAAUGACUGCAAAUCCGAAAUGGCCAGAAAUCCAAGAUGCGCUUCUAGAGCGCCAACAUGCGUGUGAUCGUCCUGAUUUAGUGGCACGGGUUUUUGAAUUAAAAAGGAAGGCGCUUAUGGAGGAGAUAACCAAGAAAGAUGUGUUUGGAAAAGUUGUAGCUCAUGUCCACACUAUAGAAUUCCAGAAACGGGGGCUACCACAUAUGCAUCUGCUGAUAUUUUUAGAAAAAUCAGAGAAAAUUUGUACUGUUCAACAGGUUGAUAAAUAUGUAUCAGCGGAAUUUCCUGACGAGAAUGAAGAUCCAGUUCUCUUUGAUACUGUCAGAAAGUGCAUGGUUCACGGACCAUGCGGUGAUCGGAAUCCAGAGUCUCCUUGCAUGAAAAACGGAAAAUGUACUAAAAACUACCCUAAGAAAUACAAUGAUACUACGUGUCUAGAUAGUGGCGGAUACCCAGUAUAUCGUCGAAGAGAUGAUGGAAGAGAAGUUAUCGUCCGCAAUGGAC